CAGCAGCGUCCCCGGCACCGCCUCCGCGCUCUCCCCGCCCCGCGCCGGCGCCCUGCUCCGCGGCCGAGGGCAGCGCAGGGAUGGCCGGCCAGGGGGGCACGGAGGACGCGGCGGCGGCGGCGGACCCGGAGCCGCUGGUGGAGGUCCGCCUAGGCGAGCGCCGCUUCCCGCCGGUGCGCCAGAGGCGGCUGGUGGAGCAAAGCGACUACUUCGGCGCGCUCUACCGCUCGGGCAUGCGGGAGGCAGCGGAAGCGGCGGAGGCGGCGGCGGGCGGCGGCCGCUUGGCGGUGCAGCGGCUGCGCGGCGGGCUGAGCGCGGCGGGGCUGGCGCGGGUGCUGCGCUUCGUCGAGACGGCGCGCCUGGAGGCGGAGGAGCCGGGCGAAGGCGGCGGGCUGGCGGAGCUGGUGGAGGCCGCCUGCUUCCUGCAGGUGAGGCCCCUGCUGCACCUGCUGCGCUCCCGCCUGCGCCUGCCCGACUGCCUGGAGCUGCACCGCCUGGCCCGCCUCUACGGGCUGGCCGAGCUGGCCGACGCCUGCCUGGACUUCAUGGCCGGCCGCCUGCACCAGCUGCUGGCCCGGCCCCGGGACCGCCCGCCCCCCGGCCUGGCCCAGGAGCUGCGCCUCCACCGCCGCCGCGGCCGGCCCGCCCUGCUCCUCCUGGGCGCCUUCCCGGACCGGCCGCCGCUGCUGCGCUACGACGAGGAGGAGCGGCGCUGGGAGGCGCUGCCGCCCGCCGAGCUGCCCGCCCGGCUGCUCCAGGUGCGCGGCUUCGGCUCGGCCGCCCUGGACAACUACCUGUUUGUGGCGGGCGGCUACCGGCCUGGCAGCCAGGAGAUCGCCGCCGCCCACCGUUACAACCCCUGGCUGAAGGAGUGGCGCCCGCUGGCCUCCCUCAACCAGAAGAGGGCUAAUUUUAAGCUCCUGGCCGUGAGUGGAAAGCUAUACGCCGUCGGGGGCCAGUCGCUCUCCAGCGUUGAGUGUUACAACCCGGAGCAGGACUGGUGGACCUUCGUGGCGCCUUUACCAGCUCCCCUUGUGGAGUUCUCAGCGUGUGAAUGCAAGGAGAAGAUCUAUGUCAUGGGAGGCUACACUCCAAGAGACCGGAAUCUGAAUAUCUGGGAAUAUUGUCCCGUCUCUGACAAGUGGAGUAACUUCGAAACCUGCAGAACGCACCUCCGCAAGCAGCAAAUGUUGUCGGUGGAGGAGACCAUAUAUAUCGUGGGCGGCUGCAGCCACGACUUGGAUUCCAAAACGAGAUCCGGUCAGAACGAGGCUAUGUUAACUGUGCAAUCUUACAACGUGGUUACCAAAGAGUGGCUUUACCUCAAAGAAAACACCUCCAAAUCGGGUCUCAACUUGACUUGCACUUUGCACAACGACGGGAUUUACAUCCUGAGCAGAGACAUCACUUUGUCCACAAGCCUGGAGCACCGGGUUCUUCUGAAAUAUAAUAUAUUUUCAGACCGGUGGGAGUCACUGAGAAACUUCCCCAUCCCUGGACAAAACAUGUUGAUCUGUUCUUUGUAUUUUCCAGACCUGAGCUGAAUUCCCUUCGUUGCAGAACAGAGACUUUUUUUGUCUUUAUCUGUCCACAAAUUCUUUUGGCAGUUUCCCCCCCUGACUUUGGCCACUUUUGAGACGCAUGGACUUCAACUCCCAGAGUUCCCCAGCCAGCCAUGGAAUUCUGGGAUUUGAAGUCCACCUGUGUUAAAAGUAUCCAAGGCUGGGAAAUGUUUAAAGAGACGAUGCUCAAAAUGUCACCAUUGCAAUUGAUAAAGCGGGAGGAGAGAAAGAAUAAAUGUGUACGGAUGCCAACCGAUGCACAUUAAUCUGGCUUUUGGCUUAGAUGAGAACCGAUGGCUGUUGGGUGCAGAGAAACUUGUUUAACAUCAGUGAAUAAAUUUACUGUUUCAUAUCGAUGGCCAUCGUUUCCCAUCCAACUUGAAAUAUUCCUUUUUCCAAACCCUUUUGGGCCAGGUAGGUUAAGUAAACCUCAUCACCAGAAAUACAGUUUUGACCACGGAUGUGAUUAAAGCCAUACUGCUUUUAUAUGUCCCUAUUUUGACAUUGUGGACAUCCCUAGAAGCCAAUAAAAGUUGAAUUAGAGCAAUUA